CUAAUAAUAAUGAGACCUUUGUAUGCACAUAAAUCUACCCAAUUAAAAUUAGUCAGCACAAUUUGGUGUACGCUUUCCAUAAAUCCAUGUUGUGUAAAAAUGGGACGUAACAUGUCGAAAAAAAUGAUCAUUCUCCUAGGCAGAGUGUUCUUGAUUUUCUUGAUGAACAUCGGAGGAGUUCUGUCAGACCCUCAGACUAAGUUGUUGAAGGAAGAUUGCAGCCAGUUUGCAAUUGGCAUCGAAAUGUCGGAGUUCUUGAGCAAUUUUAACAAAACGUUUGGAGACAUCAGGAAGCAGUUGUUGACGGACAGCAGCAUUCACUUUGCGACUGCAGUUGAAAUGAAUGUGUAUGGAAUGGUGCAGUGCAGAAAUUAUCUUUCGAGUGCAGAUUGCGUGGCUUGCCUUGAUGUUGCCUGGACUCGAAUCAGACGUAAUUGUCCUUCCGGUGAUGGUGGUCAUGUCAUAUACCAAGGCUGCUUUCUCAGGUACGAAGCACGCAACUUCUUUACACAGAGUAUUCUGAUCACAUUUGAAUCGUCUGCUGGGGUAUGCAGCACCAAGAAGAGUAAAUAUGAUUCGGGCAUUUUCAGUCCAGUAGUGGAAGGGUUACUAACAGAUCUUGUAGCUGCCACACCGAAAAUAAAAGGCUUCUUUGCAGCGACUACAAGGCCAGUGCUUAAUGGUGGUGCAACAGGAUCAGUUUAUGCUGUUGCACAAUGUAUUGAAACUAUAAGCAGAAAGGAUUGUCAAAGUUGCUUGACAAUUGGGUAUAAUAACAUACAGAGCUGUCCUCCUGCUUCAGAGGCAAGUUCUGCUGAUGCUGGUUGUUUUCUCAGAUACUCGGAUGCCUCAUUUUUUGCUGAUAAACGCGUGACUAAUAUCACACCCUAUCUAGGAAAAAGAAAUAUGAGAUCGAAGACAGCGAUUACCUGGGGUGUAGUUGGUAGUUUAUGCUUUCUUUUGCUCAUAUUCGGAGUGUUUUUAUGGUAUCAAUUAGUAAGAAGGCCGAAUAUGGCUGACAGAGGUGAUAUAGUAGGGGUAGACAAGUUACAGGGUCCGGUUAUUUACAAUUUCAAAGAUUUGAAAUCUGCGACUAGGAGCUUCAGCGAGGACUCCAAAAUAGGAGAAGGAGCAUUCGGAGAUGUAUACAAGGGAAUAAUGAAGAAUGGAGAUAUAGUUGCUGUAAAGAAACUUUCUGUAACAACCAGCAAAGCCAAGACUGAUUUUGAGAAUGAAGUAAGGCUUAUAAGUAAUGUUAAUCACCGGAAUAUAAUCCGUUUAUUAGGCUGUGGUGGCAGAGGAGCAAACCUACUUCUUGUGUUCGAAUACAUGGCAAACGGAAGCCUUGACACGUUCCUUUAUGGCGAGUUUCCUUUUACUCUCUACUUAUGAGCAGCUUAUGAUACAAAAAUUAUGCAUCUAGGAAGAAUAUUCUUGAAGAAGUUACAAUUGGCAGGUGAAAAACGAGGGUCUCUAAGCUGGAAACAUCGCGUUGACAUAAUCCUUGGCAUUGCAAGGGGGCUUGCGUAUAUUCAUGAACAAUUCCAUUCAUGCAUCAUACAUCGAGACAUAAAAUCUAGCAACAUUCUACUCGAUGAUGAUUUUCAACCCAAAAUUGCGGACUUUGGGUUGGCAAGACUUAUAUGUGAUGAUCAAAGUCAUGUUAGCACUAAAUUUGCAGGGACAGUGGGCUACACAGCACCGGAGUAUGCAGUCCACGGACAAUUGUCUGAGAAAGUUGAUACCUACGCCUUUGGUGUCGUGGUCCUUGAAAUUGUAGCUGGCAAAAGAUGCACCAAUUUGACAGCAGAGCCUGUUGCAGUUUCUCUCCUCGAACAUGCAUGGAAUUUCUAUGAAAAUGCCACACUUUCAGAUUUCGUCGAUGAGACUUUAGAUCCAAAAGAUUAUGUUGUCGAUGAUGUUAGAAAGAUCAUAGAGAUUGCAUUGAUGUGCACUCAGUCACCGACUUCUGUUAGGCCAACAAUGUCGAAAGUAGUUGCUCUUCUGACAGAUGAUCAUUCCAUAGAACAAAAACCAGUAGGCAAACCCACUUUUUUCUAGUUAAAACUAUUUGAUUGAACUUCUUGUAUUAAAUGGA